CAAGCCAACACUGCAACAGCACUUCAUGAUUCAUCGUUUGGUUGUCAUUCUUGGAAUUGCAGCGCUCUAUAGCAGAAAACUUUGCUGAGGGAGGCUGGCCAGCAGAGUGUUGUUGAAACAGCCUUUGGCAAAGCGACUGCGGCUUAUGCUUUUGACUACAGACGAAUUGCUGCAGGAACGGCGCCGGCGCAGCUGCCGUCUGAGCGAGUCAUCCAGCAUCUGGAGGCACCAGUUGAAAACGCUGUUGUAGCUUAUAGUGCUUGUCCUCAAGACAUUGGUUGAUUGCUAGGUGCACCACUCUUUCUAUCAGACCCCGAGGCAGAUUUUGGAGGAGCCAACUUUGAUUGAGCUUUUGUCACAUUCUAGACCAAUUGUUAGGCGCCAUGGCACGUGCGGCUGUUUGUGGGGCUUCUGUCCAAGUUAUUGGACCCUCCACCCAUUUUACAACCAACCGAAGCACAGAACAAUCCUUAGCCAGAUAUCUGCCUUCUCCAAUCUUUAGUCCGUCCAAAUUGCGACAAAGCGACAGAACCACAGCCUCCCUGGUCAAGGCCCAGUCUGGGCGGCAAUUGAAAGGCUUGUAUAAAGUGGACAGAUUGCGAUCGUCAACGUUUGCUGGCGAAAGUCUUCCUGCAAUCCAAAGGGCUCAUGGUGGUAAAAAGUGCAAGGGAUGCAGGACAUCAGCAGUCACAGCAGCCGCUGCGCAAAGCGACACCGCUGAAGGCUUCCAAGCGAUGACUGCCAGUCCCAAGCGGCGCUACUACAUGGUGGGAGGCAAAGGCGGGGUGGGGAAGACCAGCUGUGCAGCAGCCCUGGCAGUCAAGUUUGCGAACAGCGGCCACCCCACUCUAGUUGUCUCCACCGAUCCCGCCCACUCGCUGAGCGACUCCUUCGCCCAGGACGUGCGAGGCGGGACGCCCGUGCAAGUAGAGGGCACCGAUCUUCCCUUGUAUGCCAUGGAGAUUGAUCCAGAGCAGGCGCGUGAAGAGUUCCGAGGCAAGGCGGGCCAAGACGGCGGCAAGGGCGUGAAGGACUUCAUGGAGGGCAUGGGGCUCGGUGGUUGGGUGGAGCAACUGGGGGAGCUCAAGCUGGGGGAGUUGCUGGACACACCGCCCCCGGGUCUGGACGAGGCGGUAGCCAUUUCCAAAGUGGUCCAGUUCAUUCAAGCUCCCGAAUACCAGAAAUUCACGCGCAUCAUUUUUGACACCGCACCUACCGGGCAUACUCUCCGCCUGCUGUCCCUCCCCGACUUCCUAGACGCCUCAAUCGGAAAGAUCAUCCGACUGCGGCAAAAGCUCUCGAGCGCGACCGCCGCAAUCAAGGCGGUUUUCGGGCAGGACGACAGUGCUAAGGGGAAGAACGCGGUGGACAAGCUGGAGCAGCUGAAGGAGCGCAUGCUUCAGGUGCGGGGCAUCUUCCGCGACACCGAGGCCACCGAGUUCGUCAUCGUCACCAUUCCCACAGUAAUGGCGAUCAGCGAGAGUGCGCGGCUGCGAGAGUCGCUGGUGAAGGAGGGCGUGCCCGUGAAGCGCCUCAUUGUCAACCAGCUCCUCUCGAAAACGCCCACCGACUGCAAAUUCUGCAACAUCAAGCGGAAGGAUCAAGCUCGAGCACUGGACCUCAUACACACUGAUGCAGAUCUGAAGGAUCUGAACAUCAUUGAGGCACCGCUCUUUGACCUUGAAAUUCGGGGCGUGCCGGCCCUGCAAUUCAUGGGUGACGUUGUAUGGCGGUAGUUGCCUCCUUACUGAGAGCAAAGCAAGGCUACACUGGCACGUGAUUGUCAUAGCCAAGUAUCUGUGAACGUUGUAAAAUGUUGUCAUUCUUCCAUCACAACGACCAGAAGGACGUGCAUAAUGGUAUGCAUGACGAUUUCUGGUUCUGAUUCUCUAGUGUGGCUUUGAAUAAGCUUGCCUUAAUCGCCACAUCCACGGCCGUCGAUAUGGUUCAACUUUAGC